AUGUCUCUCACCAACGCCACCGCCGAGGUCGCCGCGGCUGCUGCCAAGACGGCGUCCUUUGCCCUCGCCGCUCUUCCAGCGUCUGACCGCAACGCGGCCCUCGACGCCAUUCACGACGCCCUCGCCGGCGCCCGCGACGAAAUUCUCACGGCAAACGCCCGCGACCUCGACCGCGCCCGCCAGGCCGUCGCCCAAGGCACCCUCGCCGACUCCCUCGUCUCACGCCUCGACCUCGGCCGACCGGGCAAGUGGGAGGAUAUGCUGAAAGGCAUCCUCGACGUCCGGGACCUCGACGAUCCGCUCGGCAAGGUACAUAUGCGUACCCGGCUCGACGACGACCUCAUCCUCGAGCGCGUCUCCUCCCCCAUCGGCGUCCUCCUCGUCAUCUUCGAGGCCCGGCCCGAGGUCAUCGCCAACAUAGCCUCCCUCGCCAUCAAGUCGGGCAACGCCUGCAUCCUCAAGGGCGGCAAGGAGUCGACCGAGUCCUUCGUCGCCAUGGCCGCCGUCAUGGCUCGCGCCCUCGGCGGCGGCGCCGUCCCGAGCGCCGCCGUCCAGCUCGUCACGAGCCGCGACGACAUCGCCCAGCUGCUCUCCCAGGACCGGUACAUCGACCUCGUCAUCCCCCGCGGCUCCAACGAGCUCGUCCGCGCCGUCAAGGCCGACACCCGCAUCCCCGUCCUCGGUCAUGCCGACGGCCUCUGCUCCAUCUACCUCACGGCUGAUGCCGACGCCCAAAAGGCGGCCCGCGCCAUCGUCGACGCCAAGACCUCCUACCCGGCCGCCUGCAACAGCGUCGAGACGCUCCUCGUCCAGGACACGGCCCUCCUCACCCACUUCCGUCCCGUCGCCGUCGCCCUCGCCGCCGCCGGCGUCAGCCUGCGCUGCGACCCGGCCGCCGCCGCCGUCGUCUCCGACGUGCCCGGCAUCGUCGUCCAGCCCGCCGUGCCGGCCGACUACGACACCGAGUUCCUCGCCCUCACCCUCGCCGUCAAGACAGUCUCGACCCUCGACGAGGCCGUCGCCCACAUCAACGCCCACGGCUCCCACCACACCGACGCCAUCUUCACGGCCGACGCGGCCGACGCCGAGCGCUUCAUGGCCCAGGUCGACUCCGCCGGCGCCUACUGGAAUGCGUCGACGCGCGUCGCCGACGGCAUGCGCUACGGCUUCGGCACCGAGGUCGGCAUCUCCACGAGCAAGAUUCACGCCCGCGGGCCCGUCGGCCUCGAGGGCCUCACCAUCUACAAGUACAAGGUCCGGGGCGACUACCAGCCGACGGCCCAGUACGGCGAAGGCGACGGUCGCCGGCCGUGGAAGCACGAGGCCAUGCCCAUCUGA